UUCAGUGGCUCAUAAUUAUAAACCAAAACACAACGAAAACGUGAACCGAACCUUAUCCAGUUUAAAAGCACCUCACAACCAUCGCCACUCAAACACUGUGAAGAUGUUCUUCAAUAAGACCUUUUCCGCGGAACGGAAAGUCCUUCAGGUGAGUCACAAAAUGCUCAAUCUUAUCGGCGUAUGGGACAACGAAGCCAGAGACAAUCGUCGAAUCUAUCGCUAUUUCGCCCUUGUUGGUUGGAUGCUGCUGAACAUAAUGAUCCCAAAAGCAGUGCUCGGUUCCGGGAAGGACGGAUUCGACUCCGUGGCCAGAAAUCUCGCUGAAUUUAUCUUCUUUAGUGACGUUUGUAUUGCGUCUGGCAUUUUCGUGACUCGUCGAAGAUCGUAUGGGCAACUGGUGCAAGUGCUGAAGGAAACGUUCGAUCGAUACGAAUCAAAAGAGUACGUUCAAGAGAUACGGAAAUUCAACCGGCGGAUGGAUUCCUUCGCGAGAGGCUACAAUGCAUACGUGGGCUUGAUGUUGGCACUGUUUCUGGGAAUUCCGAUCAUCUCCACACUCUGCAAAUGGAUUUUUGUAUCGGACUACAAGAGAACUGACUACAUUCUGAUUAUCGAGGUGCAGUACUACUACUUGGACAUCCGCCGAAAUAUCGUCCAUUACCUGAUCUAUUUUGCCUGCGCCGGUCCGGCUAUCAUGUGUUCGGCAUAUCAAAGUGGUUUGAAAGCAGCCGUGUUUUUAACACCACUCCAAUACGGAGCGAAGCUGUUCGAUUUAAUCCAGAUGAGGAUCAACAAUCUGAGGGAUGUCAAAGCAGGCGAAGAACGGACGGACGAACUUCGAAUGAUCAUUGAGUUGCACAAGAUGGCGUUGAAGUACACGAAACUAUUGGAAGAAACGCUCACCUUCAUAUUGCUCAACCAGAUCCUGAACUGCAUGGCUAUUUGGUGCUUGAUGAUGUUCUACCUUUCCACUAACUUCGGUCCAAACGCCAGCAGCGUGGUUGUUCUCUUCAUAGUUUUGAUGGGCGAAAUGGUGGUCUUUUGUUUCAACGGAACUCGGCUGAGUGAGAGCGCACUCGCAGUAAGCCACGCCAUCUUCAAACACCCGUGGCACCUGGAGCCGGUUGCUAUGCAGCGUGAUCUACGGUUCAUGAUGCAACGGGCACAAAGGCCUACUGGGAUAACGGCGGCCAAUUUCUACUUUGUUAACAUCGAACGCUUAGGAUUAGUGAUGCAGGCCUCGUACUCGUAUUAUCUUAUACUGAAGACCAUCAAACGCACACAUACAGACAUGCACGGAUGGGGUGUGAUGGUGAUUAGAUAUGGCAGUCUCGAAGAAAGUGAACCAGUUUUUCCUUUCUCUCGCAAUCAGGUGAUAGUAAAAUUGAUGCAUGUCUAACGGCGUG